AUGGAAAUCGAACCUGAAACAAUAUUGGAAAAGCUUGAAUCGUUAAAUUGUUCUCUAAGCAGUGUCAGCCUUUCCGAAGAAUUCAAAUGUGAGCAUGAAAGAAUAAUAGGAAUAAUUAAAAGUUUGGAGUCUCGCGACAUUAUUGAAACACAAUUCGUUUCGGACAAUGUAUUAUCACUAACAGAUGAGGGGAAAGACUAUUUGACAAAUGGAUCACCAGAAUUCAGACUUAUUAGAAUUAUACUUGAGCAGGAAGGCCAUAAAAUUAAACAAAAUGAAGCAAUGAAGUUGCUUGGAGAUUCCACAUUUAAAAUAGGGCUUUCGAAAUGUCUUCAGAAAAAAUUAAUUAAAUUAAAUAAAGAGUUGGGAUUAAUAGAAAUCUCGGUUAAUUCCAAUAAGGAAUCAUUAAAUGUUGAUGAAUUGAAAAAAAAUCUUGAUAUAGUAGGAGUUAAAGGUAUUAAAGAGAGCGAAUUAUCAAAGCAAGAUAUGCAAAUAUUAGCUGAGUUAAAAAAGAGGAAACUGGUUAUUUCAAAUAAGAUGUCUUACUUCAUGAUUAACCGUGGGGAAAAAUUUACUGUGAAGCUUAAGCCAGUAAUAACUGAUUUGACCCAAGAAAUGAUUAUGAACUCGAGCUGGGAAAAUAACGAAUUUAAACCAUAUAAUUUCAAUGCUAAAGGAAAAAGACUACCAAGAGGGAAUGUACAUCCUCUUACUCGUACGUUAAGAAAGUUUAAAAGGAUUUUAUCACAGAUGGGGUUUGAAGAGAUGCCUACUAAUCGUUGGGUUGAAAGUUCGUUCUGGAAUUUUGAUGCUCUUUUCCAACCUCAGAAACAUCCUGCAAGAGAUUCACAUGAUACUUUCUUUUUAGAAACCCCGAGUACUUUCAGAAAUGAAAUGGAAUUGUCGCAAGAUCACAUUGAUCAAGUCAAAAAGGUGCAUGAGAUCGGUGGUUAUGGAUCAAUAGGCUUAUCUUACAACUGGAGUAUUGAGGAGGCCUCUAAAAAUCUUCUCAGAACUCACACUACCGCCGUUUCUGUAAGAAUGCUUUAUCAGCUUGCUCAAAUGUACCUAAAUAGUGAAAAUGGGCUCUCUUUUGAUCAAUUCCAGAGAAAAGCAUACUUUUCUAUUGACCGUGUUUUCAGAAAUGAGUCUAUUGAUGCUACGCAUCUCGCCGAGUUUCAUCAGGUUGAGGGAUUAAUCGUUGACAAGAACCUCACACUUGCAGACCUAAUUGGGACUUUGAAGACCUUCUACGAGAAAAUUGGUAUAUCCGAUCUUAAAUUCAAACCUGCAUUUAAUCCUUAUACUGAACCUUCCAUGGAAAUUUUUGGGUACCAUACAACCUUAAAAAAGUGGAUUGAAGUCGGUAAUUCCGGCCUAUUUAGACCAGAAAUGCUUAGACCACUUGGAUUUCCUUCUGAUGUUGUCGUAAUUGCAUGGGGACUUUCUCUUGAAAGACCGACAAUGAUUAGUUAUAAUAUUCCAAAUAUACGUGAUCUCUUUAGCUUCAAAGCCAAAAUAUUUUCUUAA